CACAGCUAGCAAGAGUGGAAUCAGGAAUUCAAACUCAGGCAGUCUAGUUGCAGAGUUUUAGAAGUAGAUUCAUAAGGUAUUUAUCAACUUGAUAUCCAAAGAAGUGUUUAUUCAUAUUUAGCUUUAAGAGAUGAAUUCACCUAAAACUCAUUUUUUGUUUGUUUUGUUUUUAAUGUGAUAGGGAAAGAAUGGGAAAUACAUUCUCAGUGUGGUAGAUGGGAUCAAGUACUUUUAAGUUUCUGUUACUAUGGCAAUGACGGCAGGGACUACAACCACCUUUCCUAUGAGCAACCAUACCCGAGAAAGAGUGACUGUGGCCAAGCUCACGCUGGAGAAUUUUUAUAGCAACUUAAUUUUACAGCAUGAAGAGAGAGAAACCAGGCAGAAGAAAUUAGAAGUGGCCAUGGAAGAAGAAGGAUUAGCAGAUGAAGAGAAAAAGUUACGCCGAUCACAACAUGCUCGCAAGGAAACAGAAUUCUUACGGCUCAAGAGGACCAGACUCGGCUUGGAUGACUUUGAGUCUCUGAAAGUUAUAGGAAGAGGAGCAUUUGGAGAGGUACGGCUGGUCCAGAAGAAAGAUACAGGUCAUAUCUAUGCAAUGAAGAUAUUAAGAAAAGCUGAUAUGCUUGAAAAAGAGCAGGUGGCUCAUAUUCGAGCAGAAAGAGAUAUUUUGGUAGAAGCAGAUGGUGCCUGGGUGGUGAAGAUGUUUUACAGUUUUCAAGAUAAGAGGAACCUUUAUCUAAUCAUGGAAUUUCUCCCUGGAGGUGACAUGAUGACAUUGCUAAUGAAGAAAGAUACCUUAACCGAAGAGGAAACACAGUUCUAUAUUUCAGAGACUGUUCUGGCAAUAGAUGCAAUCCACCAGUUGGGUUUUAUCCACAGGGAUAUUAAACCAGACAACCUUUUGUUGGAUGCCAAGGGUCAUGUAAAAUUAUCUGAUUUUGGCUUAUGUACAGGAUUAAAGAAAGCUCACAGGACUGAGUUCUACAGAAACCUUACACACAAUCCACCAAGUGACUUCUCAUUUCAGAACAUGAACUCAAAGAGGAAAGCAGAAACAUGGAAGAAGAAUAGGAGACAACUGGCAUAUUCCACCGUUGGGACGCCGGAUUACAUUGCACCAGAGGUUUUCAUGCAGACUGGUUAUAACAAAUUGUGUGACUGGUGGUCUUUGGGAGUGAUUAUGUAUGAAAUGCUAAUAGGAUAUCCACCUUUCUGCUCUGAAACACCUCAAGAAACAUAUAGAAAAGUGAUGAACUGGAAAGAAACUCUGAUAUUUCCUCCAGAGGUGCCUAUAUCUGAGAAAGCCAAGGAUUUAAUUCUUAGAUUUUGUAUUGAUUCUGAAAACAGAAUUGGAAAUAGUGGAGUAGAAGAAAUAAAAGGUCAUCCUUUUUUUGAAGGUGUAGACUGGGGGCAUAUCAGGGAAAGGCCAGCAGCAAUCCCUAUAGAAAUCAAAAGCAUUGAUGAUACUUCAAAUUUUGAUGACUUUCCUGAAUCUGAUAUUUUACAACCAGUGCCAAACACCACAGAACAGGACUACAAAUCCAAAGACUGGGUUUUCCUCAACUAUACAUAUAAAAGGUUUGAAGGGUUGACUCAGCGAGGCUCUAUCCCCACCUACAUGAAAGCUGGGAAAUUAUGAAAGAAGAUCACAUUCGCCCACAACCAAGAGCACUCAGGUAGCUGCAUCACCAGGCUUGCUCGGCGUAGGUAAUAAUACAUUGAAAUACUCCUGAAGAUGGUGGUGCUUAGGACUACAAGAGGAAAUUCUACAGGAUUAGGAUUUCUAAGACUACUAUAGGAAUUGGUUGGCAGUGCCAGCUGGCGUUUUUGUUUGUUUAUUUGUUUUUUAAUAUUAUUUUUGUUAACUUUAUUAUACGAAGGUACUGGAAUAAAAGAAAUGUACAUCCCUUUCUAACUGCACUGCCUACAUGCGUAUUAAGGUCCAUUCUGCCUGUUGUGCUGUGGCUUUGUACUGUAACACCUUUAAUCAAUUCAGGAGAAACACAUAUCAUUUAAAGCAACAUAGGCUAACCUGUAGGUAACACUGCAGUAUUGCUGUUUUACUGCAAAUCUUAUGGGUCUAGAUAAUCAAUAAAAGCCAUCUUGCAUAGUCGGUGUUAGAACACUUGCCCUAUUGGUUUGGACAUCUAUAGAAUACAUAUGAAGACAAUUUCUAUAAUGCUUUUAAGAAAUUUUAAAAAGGAAAUACACUGGUUAUUUAAAAAAGUAGAAUUUAUCAUCCUGUUAUGACAAACUCCAAAGUAGGGAGUGACAAGUUUAUAGCAAGGAGGACAUUUAACACCUUCACUCAAAUGCUCCACUAAUAUAUUUACUUUACAUUCAGAAGUACUGAUGACCUUUAUAUAUGUAGUCUGUGUACUCACAGGGGAGAUGUAUUAUAUUAUAUAAAAUGUAAUUGCUUUUUUUUGUGACAAGAGGACUUCUUUUUUAACAAGAGGACAUGGCAUUAUUUUAAUUUGAUUAUGAUGAGUUGAAUAUAAGAAAUGACCAAGAAGGCUGCUUGUAGAACUAGUGUAUUUUUAUUAAACUAUUUUUUUAAAUGUCAAACUUCUGAUCAUGUAAAUGGACUUGUAGAGUACAAAGAGUUAUUUACUUUGGUUUUCUAGAAAGUUGUUACAUAUCAUGGCUGGUUAACUUUUAUUUUUUUUAAUGAAAAUUUUUUCUUUGAUAGUAUUUGUAUUAAUUGUGCCAUUAUUUUCUUAUACUCCAAAUGUACCAAAGAUCCUGAUCAGAGUGGAUGUUCACAACUAAGUAGAAUUAUACUUUUCUGUGUGAAUGCUGUAUUCAGACAUGACAGAUCUUUGAUAGAAAUCAGCUCAUUGAAGGGCAGUAUUGUUCAUGUUUAGCUACAUCACUGUGGAUACUGUAAAUGGAAUUAAGGAGGUAAAUGCAGGCCAGAGGGGUUGUGAUUAGAGGAUAAGAGAGAUGAUGUCAGCAUCAAAUCCUUUGGGUAUUUCUGUAAUAAUGAAGUCAUCUUUCUAGCGCAACAUUUUAAUUCUAAAAAGACUCUCUGUGGUUUUGAUUUCUUAAGUACUAGUUAAGGAAUGAUACUUUAUCAAAGAAUGGCCUAAUGUUUGUCUUAACUGUUGAUAAAAAUUUUUUAAGAUAUAACAAUUAUAACCAUUACAAAUGAUCUGUGAUCAAAAUCUAAAAUGAUAAUUUAUUUUUAGGGAUUUUUUAAUUGGGAAGAAUUGCAUAGGGUUAUUAUGCAAAUCUACAAAAGUUUUUAUAAAUGUUGUUGCUAGGUAGUUCCACAAUGUUCCAAUAAGGCCAUCCUGGGGAAUCUCUCCCCAUCCCCCGCAAAUUCUCUCCCUUUUUCUCCUUCUUCCCUCCGUCCCUUUCAUUCUACUUUUUGCUUAAUACUUGUUAUGGGUUCCUCUAAUAGUUCAUGUCUAUUUUCUUGUUUGGAUCACAUGGCUGAGUAGGAGAGAGAACUUAAAAUUCUGGGGUAUCUUAGUUUUACUAACUUGGUUUUUCUUAUAUCCGCCUCUAAUUUGGAAAAAAACCUUUAACUUAUGAUCAAUUUUAUUAGAUUUUUCUCACCCCACCUCAUUCCCCUUCCUUCUUAAAGGACUGUUUUGCUAGUGUAGUGAAUGGUUUUGAUAUGAGGAAAUUGCAACAUGCUCUAGUUCUAAUAUGGUAACUAUUCUAGUACAGAAAAAUAUCAUUAAUUAAAGUUGACACAGAGAGAAAGGUCUGAAUUAUCAAAGUUUACUUUUUAAUUAAGUAAGUAUAGAGCAUUUUCUUUUCCUUCUCCCUCAUUCUUGUUAACAGCAGAACUUGAAAACAGAUAUGAUUUCCUGGCAGUGAAAAGGCAGUUCUGGAAGUUCACUUUGUUUAGAGUCUCAUUUUUCCCUGGAGUCAACAGAGUGAUUCACAAUCUGGGGUUUUCUCCUCAUCAGAAGCAUUUCUUAAGUGCCUAUCUAAAAGCAAUUAAAGACUGUGUCUGCCCUUUGGAAGCUAAGAAUUUGAUUCAUGAUGCAAGUUAACUAGAUAAUUUGUGAAGUACUCUUGAGACUGAAUUUUCUCUAUUGUACAUUUCCCAUAUUUCAGGUGAACCAUUUAAUUUAAAUGACAAAACCCUAUCUACUCGACUGGGUAUAAUGACAUUUUCUUUAAAUUAGACUCUAUUUUGAAUUAAAGAGUUUUAUUAUAAACUAUGUGUUUUUGGUUUUUCUAAGUAUAUAGAAAGCUUGUAUAAUUCGGAUUUAUUGAUUUCCUGAUUUAAUGUAGACUUUGGCUUUUUUUAUUAAAAAAACCUUUGUAUUAAAGCAAGUUAUGUUAGUUUUCUUUUAUGCUUUUAUUAUUAACUUAGCUUUAAAUCUUUAAAUUUAUUGAAGCAUAGUGCUAUCUGAAUGUAAGGAAUUUCUUAUAAAUCACCCUUUUCUGAAUUAAAUAUAUAGCUGAUUUAAUAAUCUGUUGAAUGAAAAAUAACAAAUGUGGAAUUUUCAAAACUUUGGUUGCUAAGGCUUAAUAUUGGGUUUUAUUUUUAUCUAUAAAAGCAUACUUUUUCUGUUUUUUUAAACACCUGUAUAUCUCUGUGUAAAUCUGUAAAUUUAAAAAUAUUUUUAAGGACAUUUAUUUUUGGUGUUUCAUUGUAGAAAACCUUUAGACAACCAAUCAAUCAGUAUCUACUGGUAGGAGAAACAGCUGUCCAUCUUUUGAUGAUCACAGAUGAAUGAACUGAAAUUAUAAUCAGUAGAGGGGUCCCUCGCUACUAAACACAUUCUCUCUGAAUUGCUAAGAUUCAGAACAUUCAAAAUAACUUUGCUACAACC